CUCCUAUCACUCAGCUCGACCUUAUCGCUCGCUCGCUCCCUCAUCCGAAGGAGAGAUGUCGACUGCGCCUCAGACGUCCUUUUCGUCGUAUGCUUCGCGCUUUCUCUCUUCUGGAGUUGCGGUCGCGCCCUCGUCCUCGAGGUUGUUUCAGCAGCAGCCGUCGGCAUCCACCUCUCUGCGCCCCUUCUCCACACCAGACGAUGAGGCCGACGAUCUCUAUGGUCAGGAGUACGAGGAAGAGGAGGCCGGCGCGCAAGCACAACAUAACAGCGCGCAGAGACGGCAUAAUGGUCCUGGUCGCCGUGGCCAGGGUAAAGAUUCGGUGCUGAAUUUGACCGGCGCGAGCCGAUUCGCGUCUCACAAAGGCCGCCAAUCUCAGUCCAGGCACGGGAACGAGGAGAAUGGCCCAGAGGACAUUUACGAUGAAGACGAGGAGGAUGAAGACCACGAUUCUCUGCGGGACAAUCGGAGAGUUGUGGGUCUUGGUGUCGCUGGUGGUGUUUCGGGUUCCGGAUCCAACUCGCUUUUGGGCGCCAGCGAGCAGACCCCCCCUGCAAGCUUCGUCAAGGAGCUGCGCGACUAUCCGGAUAUUGAGGACCCGUUCAUACGGCAUGAAGACCUCGCCUUAAGCUCAGAAUCGCCUGAAACUUCGCGAAUGUCACCGGUACAUGCCGCUCCACGACGCGCACUGCUCACUGACAAGUCGAAGGGAAAGUCGACAGCGCCUCCCCCAAAGACGAUUGCCCGGUCCAAGGGCUGGCUUGCCCACGCCGCUGACUCGACAAGCUCUAUGUCAAGCGCAUCGCACACCAUCGGACGCAAUACCCGCCGGGUACAGGACAGCUUGUAUUCGGAUGAAGAUUACGACGACGAUUCAGAACAAGAGGGACGUCGGGAUAGCGCGAGGGGCACGCGGAGCGCAAGCAGAGGCAGACGUGAUGCUUAUUCGCUCUAUGAUGACGAUGACGACGAUGAUGAUGAAGACGACGACGACAAAUCGGUUUCGACGAGAUCCGACACCUCGAGGGACUUGUCUCGAAAGCAGAGGCGACAGCACAGCCUGAGAGAGCCAUUGAUCUCCUCCGGUACGUCUGAAGGAAAACCCAGUCCCCCUGGCGCUUUCACGGGGGCCACGUCUCGCAUGAUUGCGGCCGACAUCUACAACUACCCUCACCCUCCCGCCAAAUCAGGCUGGACGCCGUUUGCGCCGGGGAAUAGCGUUCAUUGGCGAGAAUACAAAGACAAAACAGCCCUUGGACUCUGGUUGACUUUUGUCCUUGCCACGCUGGUCCUUGCCGGAUGGGCGGCUCUUGGGGCGAAGUCCAGCACGGCGUUACCUUCGAAUCCUUCCGUACGACCAUCGCCGUACUAUACCUUGACCCGUUCUGUCCCCAUCCUCUUUCUCCUCACACUGCUCUCCACCGGUGCUGCAGCCUCCAACCUCUUCUUUCUCCGCAAUAUCUCUCGCUUCGGCGGCGCUCAUGUUCUUCGCUACGGCCUCGUCGGCAUUCCCCUCGUCCUCUGCCUCGGCUGGGUGUGGGCUUUUGCUGGCAGCUUCAUAUACGACGACGAAAAGUGGACCGGUGGCGCUUGGAGCACUACGGGCCUCCGCGUGCUCUCUCUGAUUCCUCUGCUCGCUGCGGUUCUAUUUGCUCGAGCUGUGUGGAAGCGCAGGGCUGCGCUCGCCAGAAGUCUCGCGGUUUUAGAGCUUUCAGCCACAAUCGUGGCCGCUCACCCCGCGCUGCUAGUCCUCUCAAGCGUUCUUCUCGGUGUCUUUCUCCUCGUCACGGUCCCCUUUCUCUCUGUUCUCGUUCGGCUUUUCCUGCUGGGCCACCUCGGCACGCCAGCCGAAGCAUCGAGCGGCAAAGUGUGGCAAACGGACGCAAAGGCUCGAGUCUUGGCAUGGGCCACAUUGGGCGCCUGGCUCUGGACGUGGUCCACGCUUCGGGGCAUUCAACGUGUCACUGUCGCGGGCGUCGUGUCGCACUGGUACUUCCAUCGCAACGAUGACGAGACUGGCGACAAGAGUCAAGUCUACGACAGCACAAUGGACGAGUCGUCUUCAUCGAUCCCCGGUCCUGCACCCGGCAAUUGGCUCGGCGACGAAGAGGCACACCAAGGUCCAACACAGGUCGAAAUUGUCCGGGCGUCGUUCAAUCGAGCCAUGGGGUCGGCUUUGGGUACUGUAUGCGCAUCUGCCUUAGUUUUGACGCUUGCCCGCCUGGCCGCGCUGGUCGCCUCAUCAGCAAGGAAGAUCAGCCGACAGCUAUCAAUGCCUGGCCGGCCGAGCUGGAUGCAGCCAAUCGCUCAUGUUGCUGCCGUCCUUGCCGGCAUCAGUGCUCUGCUUCAGGGUCUAAGCGAUUAUGCGCUCAUUUAUGUUGGCAUCACCGGAGAGGGCUUCACUGCUGCUGCAAGGCGUUCAUCACGUCUCGUCACUCGUCACAGCGUCAAAGGAAUCAUGGAUGGCCUCGUCAUCACCCUCAUCUUGGACCUUACCACACUGGCCUUGUGCUUCUUGGCUGGUAUCGCUGGAUUUCUCUUUUCGGCUCAUAACCUGCACGUCCCCGCCGAUGCACCCUUGGUCGGAGUCAUGUGCGCUCUAGUCCCCUACUGGACCUUGAGGCUGUGCGCUGAUGUCCUCGGCAAUGCUGCCGAUACGCUCUACCUCUGCUACUCGAUCGAUGAUGCUGGAGGAGAGCAACACUGCAAGAAGGCAGCAGAAGCUUUCACAAGCCCAGACUCUUCCGAAUUGCCCAUUUGAGACUAUAGGUACCUCAUGGCUCUCCUCUGGACAAUUUGCGUGGAAACCGUUAUUUCCUUUGAAUACGGCUCUCGGGCGCCUGUCACGACUCUUUCACGACACCCCACGGUACUGAUCCGAUUUCAUGUAUUGUAAUUCUCUUCUUCACCUUCAACGUCUCUCACGGGGCGUUGCAGAUGCCCGACGAUGUCUCAUCUACGCAAAUCACCCCUUCCAACCAAUACCACAAUAUCCUAU